AUGGGAGACCAUCACUCAAGCCCGGGGCAAAAGACCUCUUACAGUCUUGCCGAUAACGAGAGUAUUUCUAGCGUUAACAUCAACCGCACCAUCAUGGGCUGUCGAGUUUGUCGGGCAAGAAAGGUCAAAUGCGAUGGUCGGCCCAACGGCUGUCGUAAUUGCGAACGUCUUCAACUCGAGUGUGUUGAUGACGACGGCUCAAAAUCGGGCAGUCGGCGUGGCUCAGUCCCUGUUUCUCUAAGAAAAAUCCGUACUUACCGAUCUUGUACGAGCUGCCGUGUUUCAAAGACCAAAUGCGAUGGCGACCGUCCGAGAUGUUCGCGAUGCUGCGCCCGUAAUCUAGAGUGCCAGUAUGACGGAGGCUCGGCUCCUCGCUGGGCGCGCAACCUCAGCAAAGCACCAACUUCGGUCUCAAACGAGGAAGAAUUGGAGUCUUCUAUCGAUGCGUCUUCAGUUACUGGAGAUAGCUUCAGGUCUCCAAGUCUCCUUCAAUCGCGAGACACUGAUGUCGCAGCAUCCCAUCGUUCCGACACCCGGGCCACUAGUGCUGUCGACCCUCCCAUAGACUUUUCAGAUGACACUGAGUUGUCCAUCUAUUCUUGGCUUGUGUCCUCAGAUCUCCCGUCUGCAAACAACAUCCGUACCGUAGUGGACCACUACUUUGCAAACAUCCACCCUCUUCGAUGCUUUGCUUUUGUACAUAGACCAUCCUUUACUCGGCAGUUAGACAAGGGCUUUGAGUCUGAGGAUGAAAGAGCAUUACUGCACAUUAUUUGCGCCCAAGGUGCCAAAUUCUAUGCUCUAUCUGUCAACGUAGAAGACCACGAUGCCAAGGCAGGUUUGAUAAGAGCUGCGGGAAACAGCUGGGCACAAAAGGCCGAGUUGCUAGUUCUCACAAACUUUGGCAAGAUUUCCGUCCAGAGACUCAUGACCUGUAUAUUACUUUACGACUUUCACUUUAGACUAGGCGAAUACAAUCAAGCUCUGAUGUUGAGCGGUCUCGCUGUGCGAAUGGCACAUGCACUGCAGCUCAACGUCGAGUUCUCGCCCGAUAUUCUUUGCGCAGAAGCAAACGAGUCCUCUCCACCUGCUGUCGAGAAGGAGAGCCGCCGAAGACUCAUGUGGGCUUGCUAUAUCCUGGACGCAUGGACGGGUAGUGGUGUUGACCAACUGACACUCCUUCGCGAAGCCGACAUCAAGAUCCAGUUACCGUGCAAUGAGCGUAACUUCAGACUGCGGAUUCCAUGUGUGACUGAGACUCUUGGCGUAGGACACGUUUUGCAAUUCCUGCCUCCAGCUAUCGUUCCACGGAGACCGGCUGCCAACAUGGGAAUCAUGGCUUACUACAUCCGAAUCGUCACCCUUUGGAAACGGGUAGUUAGAUAUGUCAAGCAUCUGAACACGAGCCCGCCUCCGUGGCUUCCUGAGUCCGACUUUGCCGCCCUGGAUGCUGACCUACGAGCAUGGGGUCGACACCUCCCCGAGUUCAUCUCAUACUCUACUGAUACCAUCUAUGCACGCCUUGAGUCCGACCAGCUCGGCUCACUUGUCCUGCUUCACUGUACAUAUCACCACAACCUCCUAGACCUCUACAGAAUAUCUAUGCCUGAACUUUUCAAGCUAAUCAAGCCUUUUUACUUCCCGCCCAACCAGGAGGAGUUCCUGCAGUCCUUGCAAGCAGAUUGCUUUUACCACGCACAGCAGAUCGCUACCAUCUUGGCAGAAGCGGUACAACACGGUGCAAGAUACUUAGCCGAUAGUUUACUACCGUGCUUCGCAUAUGACAGCAGCCGGGUAAUGUUGUACUACAUUGCAAGACUGCUUGAUCUCAGUAGGCCUGAUGCUGAGACCAUUGUCGUGGAUGCGAUCAAUGCUGUGGAAAGUAACAGUAAAAUUCUACGGACAAUGGCGGCCCUGUUCCCACUUGCCGACUCUCUGGCGACGACAACGGAGCGGUGGCUGGCGAAGAUUCGCAAAACCUUUGCGCAGGACGAGCAUAUGAGCGAUCGCCCUAUGCAAGGCGAUGAGGAAAGCUCGCCUAUUCUCUCCGGAAGUCCGGUCAUCGGCAGUCCUGGUGAGACUCUGGGAGCACUUGGUUUAGCACGUCUAGCUCAAAGCGAAAGUGGCGAUAUCAAACCGAUGGACCGUGACGCCUGGAACAAGACUGGAAAUGCAAGUCCGCCUUCUAGCAAGAUAGGAGCCGGAUCCGUCUCCGGCCCCCCACCAAACAGCCAGCCCGAGGAGACGCCUGCGCGGUCCAAACUACAACAUGAACAGCCCGUAUCUCAACGAACGCCUCCUGUAGCCACGACUUCUCAUAUGGACCAUCAAGCAGUCGAUCUCAGUGAUCUUCAGAAUUACUUAUCUUGGGAUAUGUAUGGCAUCAUGGAGAUGAGCGAAAAGGGUCUUAAGGCGGGCAUAGAAGGUAAUGGAAUGCCGUCUUGGAGCGCGAUGUGA